CCACGGACGGCCCCGAUCGCGUCCCGGCACGCGCUUCGGACGCUGGUGGAGGAGGAGCCUGUCACGCACGACUGCCAUAAACCUCCCCCCGUCCUCUUCCUCCUCCUCCUCCAUCAUCUGCUCUCUUCCUUCAAUGCUCCCCCAAAGUUUCUCCGCCACUCUCUCUCUCUAAAACUCUCUCUCUUUCUCUCUCUUCUUCUUCUUCGUCUUCGUCCUCUUCUACUGAACGAUCGAUCGCGAGCGAGCAGUCAACGCCGGCGCGGCGGGGCCUCCUUCUUUGACCGCCGCAGCUCUGCCUCCGUGUCGCGGCGGAGACUCCCCGUCUGCUGAUCCCCGCGGCCGUUUCCGCCGCCGUCGCGGCCGGCGACCUGAACGACCGGAACGGCCUCGCGAUCGCGUCCUCCGAAAUGCGGCGUUCCUGAGCUCGGAACCGGAGACCCGACCGAGUGGAGUGCUGUAGGAGGUGGUCCUGCGCGAUCCGUAUCGAUGGUCUGCUCAAUCAGAAGCCGAGUUAUCGCGGUCCGAUUAUUGUUUUGACCGAAGAAAGCAACCUGAAGAGCACCAAAGCUAUUUUUAAGGUAGAGCCAAGGCGAAGGACUGAGUGAAUAUGAUACUGAUGAGGAGAAGACUGGCUUGCUGCACUCGAGACAGAGAAGUUAGCCUCGACUUCGAUGAACAAGAGAAGAUAAUGACCUACAAUGGCCUCGAGAAUUGCAUACUCAACAAUCACUCUUGUGAAAUUGAGAGCCGAACAAGCAGGGGAGAUGGAUGUCCAACUGACUCUUUGGAUGAAGAUGAUACGAGUUUUUCUUCCAGUAAAGACGGUUUUGGAUCAUUCUCCUCAAAGUGGUUAUCAAUGAAAAGGGAUGACCAAGAAAUGGAUGAAUGGGCAGUCCCUGACUGUCGCCAGCACUUCUAUGUGAAGGAAAAGCCUGCUUAUUCUAUUCAGUUUUCUGAUGUGGAGACUAUGAAGGAAAAGUUUGCAAAGCUGUUACUGGGAGAAGAUGUUACUGGAGGGCGCAAUGGCCAUAGCACGGCUCUUGCCCUAUCCAAUGCAAUCACAAAUCUGGCAGCAUCGAUUUUUGGGGAGCUGUGGAAGCUGGAACCAUUGCCUGAAGAAAGGAAGAGCAAAUGGCGGAGAGAAAUGGAUUGGUUGGUGUCCCCAACUAACUAUAUGGUUGAGUUGGUCCCAGCCAAGCAAAAUGGUGCCAAUGGCCACACCAUGGAGAUAAUGACCCCCAAAGCCCGUGCAGACAUCCAUGUCAAUCUUCCAGCACUUCAAAAGUUGGACUCUAUGCUUAUUGAAACGCUUGAUUCCAUGGUAAAAACUGAGUUCUGGUAUGCAGAAGGAGGUAGUCGAGCAGAAGGAAGGAACAAAGGUGAAAGGCAAAGCAAGAGAUGGUGGCUUCCAUCACCCCAGGUUCCAAGUUCUGGUAUUUCUGAUAAUGGAAGGAAGAAACUGAUUUGUCAGGGGAGCUUGGUGCAUCAAGUGCUCAAGGCUGCAAAAUCCAUCAAUGAGAAUGUUCUGCUUGAGAUGCCAGUGCCGACCAUCAUCAGGGAUGCACUUCCUAAGUCUGGAAAGGCUAGCCUUGGGGAUGAUCUAUUCAAGGUGUUAUCGGCAGAGACAACCUCAACUGAGGACAUCUUUAGAUCCCUGGGUUUGAAAUCAGAGCAUGAUGCUCUUGAGUGCAUUAACAGAUUGGAAGCUGCGGCACUCGCAUGGAAAGAGAAGAUCGCAGAGCAAGUGAAUGGCAAAUCACCGACCAGAACAUCAUGGUCAUUCAUCAAGGACCCAAUAUCCGAGCUGGACAAGAUGGAGUGGUUGUUGGAUCGGGCGGAGUCUUUGAUUAAGUUUCUCAAGACUAAAUAUCCAAACCUUCCCAACACAUUCCUCGACGUCACUAAAAUUCAAUAUGGCAAGGAUGUCGGGCAUUCGAUACUGGAAGCAUAUUCUCGCUCUCUGAGAAACGUAGCUUUCAGCAUUCUGUCCAGAAUACAGGACAUACUGCAAGAAGAUUCCCUGAGCAACCCCAAUUCGCCGGCCAUCUCGGCCGUCUCUCCCUGCUUCUCGGGACUGAGCUUUGCCAGUGUUUCCGACAGUCCGAUAAUCAGCCGUCAGGUGAGGCAUUCGCUGAUCGAUCAGAUGAACAGAGCCGAGGCACGAUGCAGCGACUUGUCCGCAAUGGGCACCUCUGACGUGGAGACUUCAUGUGGUGAACGCAAGACAAGCUCUGUCACGGCGACGCCCUGCAGGAACCGUGGAUGGUGCAUCAGGAGAGAGGCUUGUAGUACCGUAUCUCCGACAAGCUCCCCUUGAUGGGUGACUCAGGCGGUUUGUUUUGUAAAUUGUAGUAACGUAAGAUUAGCGAGAAAUCGAUGAUUUUGUUCUGCCUCUCUUAUCUAUUGUCGAAUUGGUCCUAAUGGUGACACUACAGAUGGUCCCGCUUAUUAGGGAUUAUCGAGUCUGUAAUGUAUCGACCGAUGAUACUAAAUGAGGAGUCUCUAAGAGGAGGCGUUUCGCUUCCAUCUGCGGGUAA